AUGGGUAGGUGCCGAACAGCAGCCCGCUCCGCAGACGACGACCCUAACCAGAGAUCCAAGAGAAAAAAGACUGCUUUAAAUGCGGAGAAUUUAGAAACUUCAUCUGCAGGCAUGGGAAUAACUGAUGGCAAGGUAUCACUAUAUCAUUGUAAUUACUGCAACAAAGAUAUUUCAGGGAAGAUUCGCAUCAAAUGUGUUGUGUGUCAAGAUUUUGAUCUCUGCAUAGAGUGCUUCUCUGUUGGUGCUGAGUUGACACCUCAUAAAAGCAAUCAUCCAUAUCGGGUUAUGGAUAAUCUAUCUUUUCCACUUGUAUGUCCAGAUUGGAGUGCAGAUGAAGAGAUGUUACUUCUUGAGGCCAUUGACAUGUAUGGAUUUGGGAACUGGAAUGAAGUUGCAGACAAUGUUGGAACGAAAAGCAAAUCACAGUGUAUUGACCACUAUAAUGCUGAAUAUCUGAAUUCACCAUGUUUUCCUCUACCGGAUUUGUCUCAUGUUAUGGGAAAGAACAAAGAUGAACUCCUUGCAAUGGCAAAGGGACAUCAAGUCAAGAAAGAAUUUUCUCCAAGUGCAGAGCUGACUUUGAAAGAAGAGCCUCUCUUUUCUGAUGGAAUAAACACUGAAGAAUCUAAGCAGGCAGCAACCACUGAUCAAACGACAUCUAGGCUAACCUCAGCUAGUGGUAAAGCUCUUUCAAGUUCAAUCAAGAAGGCUUCCAAUAUGAAUCAGAAUAAUGAUGGAGUUAAGGUGGAAGUUAAAGUGGAAGAAUCUCAAGCAGGUCGGAGCAUUGGUGAAAAGAAACCUAAAUUAUCUGGGGAGUAUAGACCUUCUAUGAAAGCGUUGAGCGGAUACAAUUCUAAGAGAGGUGAAUUCGAUGUUGAAUACGACAAUGAUGCUGAGCAAAUUUUGGCAGAAAUGGAGUUUAGAGACACUGACACUGAAGCUGAACGUGAAACAAAACUGCAAGUGCUUCGCAUCUACUCAAAAAGGUUAGAUGAACGCAAGCGCAGAAAAAUUUUUAUACUUGAAAGGAAUUUACUUUAUCCUGAUCCUUUUGAGAAAUCGCUUUCACCUGAAGAGCUUAAAAUAUGUCAAAAGUACAAGGUCUUCAUGCGGUUUCACUCAAAAGAAGAACACGAGGAGUUGCUAAAAACUAUUAUUGAAGAACACCGUCUUGUCAAAAGAAUACAAGACUUACAGGAAGCUCGAAUUUCUGGCUGUGUAACUGCUUCCGAUGCUUAUCAAUUUAUUGAACAAAAGAGGACAAAAGAAGCUGAACAAGGUGGCCAGAUUGGAACAAGUGGUAAGCCUUUACAGAAGCCAAAUUUUCCCAAAGUAGAGCUUGGUAGUAGCCCAUGCGAUACCAAGGAUACACCGACGGCCAUACAAGCUAUCACAACAACAAUCGAAGAAUGGGAUAUCAGUGAUUUUGAAGGGGCUGAGUUACUAUCUGAAUCUGAGAUAAAACUUUGUAAUGAGAUUAGAUUGCUACCGCCACACUUCCUCCGCAUAAAGCAGACCAUGCAAUUAGGAAUUUCAAAGGGCAAUAUAACCAAGAAAUCUGAUGCAUAUCCACUGUUCAAGUUCUCUCCAAGCAAGAUUGAUAGGAUUUAUGAUAAGCUUUUGGAAAAAGAAACUGGCCAAGCAUAA